UUCUCCCUCAUUUCGCAUUCAAUUUCCAAUUUAAACAGACAAAAAUAUAUAAAAUAUUCUAAUCUAUUAUGGAGAAUAUUGCUCAACCUCAAUCAUCUUUCAUGAAACUUUGCCGGAAACUCUCACCGAAGAGGAAAGACUCAGCCGCAGAUAGACAACAUAUCAAGAAUGUUGAUCAUGACAAGAACAGAGGCAUAGAGGCUGUCUUUGCUUACAUGGACGCAAACAAAGACGGUAGAAUCUCUCCAGACGAGCUUCAAAAGAGUUUCAUGACACUAGGAGAGCAACUAUCUGACGAAGAAGCCGAAGCUGCGGUUAGAUUGUCUGAUACAGACGGAGAUGGGAUGUUAGAUUUUGAGGAGUUUGCUCAGUUAAUCAAAGGAGAUGAUAAAUGUUCAGAGGAAGAGAAGAAGAUGGAGCUUAAGGAAGCUUUCAAAAUGUAUAUAGCAGAAGGUGAAGAGUGUAUUACUCCUAGAAGCUUGAAGAUGAUGCUAAAGAAGCUAGGUGAAUCAAGAACGACUGAUGAUUGUAGAGUUAUGAUUCGUGCUUUUGAUCUCAAUGAUGAUGGUGUCUUAAGCUUCGAUGAGUUUGCUCUUAUGAUGCGCUAAGAGUUGUCUUCUCUAUUCUUCUUGUAGCUUAUACUGUUUUUUAUCAUUAUGUUUGAUUGGUGUAUAUAAUUAAUACCUUGGUAGGCAAUAAACAUCAUUUGUUAUUUGACUAAUGUUAAACUUGGUUAUAUUA